GGGAAUGGUAAACAAGUGUCGGACGACUUCAUUGUCUUUGAAAGAGUGAAGCAAUCGUUGACUGACUGUUGAUAUGACGGACAUCGCGAAGUUGAGGCACCGGUGCUUCUUCGACAUCACCAUUGGUGACCAAAACGUCGGACGAAUUGUCUUUGAACUCUUCAACGACGUCUGUCCGAAGACAUGCGAUAACUUCCGUUCCCUUUGCACUGGUGAGAAGGGAUUGGCGAAGACGACGGCAAAGCCAUUGCACUACAAGAAUGUGUUGUUUCAUAGAGUGGUGAAGAACUUCAUUAUACAAAGCGGCGACUUCUCAAUGGGGAAUGGCAGAGGAGGAGAGUCCAUAUUUGGCGGUACUUUCAAUGACGAGAAUUUUGAUAUAAAACACGACAAACCGUUUCUGCUAUCGAUGGCCAACAGAGGAAAGAACACAAACGGAUCUCAAUUUUUUAUAACACUCAAUACUGCCAAACAUUUGGACGGAGUUCAUGUGGUUUUCGGACACGUCUUGUCGGGACACGAAGUCAUUAACGAAAUCCAGAACCAGACCACAGAUAAAGAUGGCAAACCUGUGGUAGACGUCGUGAUCGCCAACUGCGGUGAACUCAUCCCUCAAAUUAAACCGAAAGACAAAAAGAAAAAACAUAAAAAAGAAAAGUCUAAGAAAUCUGACGGAGAGUUGUCGAGUGAUGAGGACAGGGAUGGCGAACGCAAACACAAAAAGAAAAAAGAGAGUAAACAUAAGAAGCAUAAGAAGAAUAAAGAGGAGACCAAAGAUGAAGAUGAUAAAAAAGAGGACGAACUGAAUGUCGAGUGUUCUGUAAAAGCGGAAGAAAUUCCCGAAAUUCCUGAAAACAAAUUCUUGAUGCGAGACACCGAACAAACUGACGAUAAGUUAGAGAAAGAGCCCAAAGAAAGGAUUACGCCUUCGGGCCGUCAAUUCAGAGGAAGGGGCGCUAAACACUACAGAACUCCGUCGCCAAACGGCGAUCACAGGCGGUCUCGCAGUGAGACCCCUCCCCGUUGGAAGAGAGAGCAGUCGAGAAUCAUCUCAUUCAAGGAAAUCGUUGCCCGAAGUAAA